GUAUUGUUAUACUUGCAAAUUUGUGGAAGGAAGUUAACGCAAUAACAAACGGCGACGUUUUCCUCUUUGGUUCACACACAGUGAGGGGCCAUGUUUUCGUCUUCAAUUAGGUCAAUAAUCGUAACCGGGCUUCACCGUACUCCGAUCCUGAAAUCGCCGGCAAACACUCCGAGACUCUUCACCUCCGUGCCUAGAUACUUCCACUCAAGCUCCACUCGUUUCAGCGACAGUAGAAUCGCGAUGAGCAGCGCUGACAAAACCGGAUCGAACACGGGGGCGAUCGAGAAUCGGGCGAGCAGGAUAAAGGAGAAGCUGGAGAAGGAGCUGGAACCGGUGGAGCUAGUGAUCGAGGACGUCUCGUACCAGCACGCGGGUCACGCGGGGAUGAAAGGUAGAGGAACCGACGAAGAGACGCAUUUCAAUGUGAAGAUCGUAUCGAAGGGAUUCGAAGGGAUGAAUCUGGUGAAGAGGCACAGGCUUGUGUACGAUCUCCUCAGGGAGGAGCUUGAUAGUGGAUUGCACGCGCUUUCCAUCGUCUCCAAGACUCCUUCCGAGUCCACUCGCUAGAUUAAAAAAAUAUUAUGUUUUACGUUUCUCUUAUGAGAGAGAGUUUGUGUAUCGUUGAGCUUUGGGAUUUGAUUGUUCUUUGGUGGUGGAUUUGGAACAAAAUGCCAACCUGCUUUUUUAAUUAAUUCGAGUUCUCUCUGGUUUUCUAUUA